AUGGACAACCUGCGUGAGACCUUCCUCAGCCUCGAAGACGGCUUGGGCUCCUCCGACAGCCCUGGCCUGCUGUCCUCCUGGGACUGGAAAGACAGGGCAGGGCCCUUUGAGCUGACCCAGGCCUCUCCCACCCAGAGCCUCUCUCCGGCCCCAUCGAUGGAGUCCUAUUCUUCUUCUCCUUGUCCGGCUGUGGCUGGGCUGUCCUGUGGGCACGGAGGUGCCAACAAUGGGGGCAGCAAUGCCUGCAGCGGCCUUGGGACUGGCGGCCUGGUGGAGGUGGGUUAUGAUGUGUUAGCUUUCCAGCCUGCCUAUCUGCAGGGCGCUGGUGGCCCCAAAACCCAGAAGGGCACCAAAGUCAGGAUGUCCGUUCAGCGGAGACGGAAGGCCAGUGAGAGGGAGAAGCUCCGGAUGAGGACCUUGGCUGAUGCCCUGCACACCCUCCGGAAUUACCUGCCACCCGUCUACAGCCAAAGGGGCCAGCCGCUCACCAAGAUCCAGACGCUGAAGUACACCAUCAAGUACAUCGGAGAACUCACAGACCUUCUCAACAGCGGGCGAGAGCCUCGGCCCCAGAGCACUUGA